ACUAGUGGUAAACACACGUGCACAUCAUGAAAAACACAAAAAAGUACAAUAAUGCUCCCAACAAGGGUAAAUUCAAGCCCGGAUCCAAGAAAAGAGAAAAUAAAUGCAUCGUCAUGUUUGACGACAAAGACAGACAGGACUAUCUCACUGGUUUCCAUAAGCGAAAAGUGGAAAGAAGGAAAGCAGCAGUGGCAGAAAUUCGAAAGAAAAUCAAGGAAGAGCAGAUCAGAGUCAGAGAAGAGAGGCAUAAGGAGUACCUUAAGAUGCUGAAGGAGAGGACAGACGCUCUCGACGAGGUUGAGGAUGAAGAUGAUCUGGAAGAUGUGAUAACCGCUACACAAGAGUCCGUACAAUAUGAUCACAAAAAUCACACAGUCACCGUGACGACCAUUAGUGAUCUUGACCUCACAGGGGCUCACAUACUCAAACCGGCAUCAGAUCAGGUCAACGGGGAGAGCAAAGAUGAGGAAAAUAAGGAAGGAGAAGAGGAGAAGUUGGAAAAAACAAGUGCAAUGCCAAGAAAAGCCGGGAAUCCAAUCAUGAACAAAAAGAUCCGCUCCCUGAAUGCGUCGCUCAGCUCUUACACCACCCAGCGGAAGAGGAAAGGGAAGCAGGAAGGCCGUAAAGGACGGGGCCGUCAGACAGACAGGGGAUCUGGUGUCACAGAGGGUAAAAAGAGAGCGGGGAAGACCAGCAAGAAGCAGAGGCGCCGACAGACCGGGAAGAAGGUGCAUCAUAAGGAGUGAACAACCAUGUGUAAAAAAUAUAAUGUAGGGUUCUGUGAACACGGACGGACAAACGGGACUUUGGAGUAUUUCUGCUCCUGUGUUUGAGCAGGAUGUGUGUAUGCUGAAAAGUUUGUUGAAUGAACACCAGCUGAUGUGGAUGCUCCAUGUUGGACUGUCUAUCACGACAUAUAACUCAAGAUUUCCACAGUUCCUGCCUCUUGAAAUCCUGUGCUAAUAUGUGUACAUUUUUCAAAACAACACUGUUUUUGUAGCUUUAUUUCUUAUACAUUAAC